AUGACGGAUUCUAGAGUUAUUAAGAAGAUAAUGGGUAAAUCUUAUGGCGACAGAAAGCUGAUCUGCGGUUGCUUGCAGAUGAGCCGCAAAGCCUGGACACGGCUACCUCAGGGAUUCAAAAAUUCACCCACCAUCUUCGACGAGGCACUACACGAGGACCUGGGUGAGUACAGAAGGGAGCACCCUGGCCUCACCCUUCUACAGUAUGUAGAUGACAUCCUGAUUGCUGCCGACACGGCCAAAGACUGUGAGCGAGGGACCCAGGACCUGCUGGCUACCCUGGGGGCCUUAGGAUACCGGGCAUCCGCGAAGAAGGCUCAGAUAUGCAGGGAGAGGAUUCACCAACAGGACACCAAAAUAGAACAAGUUGUAUCUGCCUGCAAGACCUGCCAACUCACCAACGCGAGGGCCACAUCAAAUAAAAAAGGAACCAGGCUCAGAGGCACCAGACCGGGAGCCCAAUGGGAAGUCGACUUCACUGAAGUCAAACCAGGAAAGUAUGGUUUUAAAUAUCUUUUAGUAUUUACAGACACCUUCUCUGGCUGGGUGGAGGCAUACCCAACCAAGCAUGAAACGGCUCAGACGGUGGCUAAGAAGCUACUAGAAGACAUCUUACCCAGGUAUGGUUUUCCUGCUAUGGUAGGAUCAGACAAAGGACCAGCUUUUAUCUCGCAGGUAACACAGGCAGUAGCCAAGGCGGUGAGGGCAAACUGGAAAUUACAUUGUGCUUAUAGGCCCCAGAGCUCAGGACAGGUAGAAAGAAUGAAUAGAACCCUAAAAGAGACCCUUACCAAAUUAACCAUGGAGACUGGCGGGGACUGGGUGACUCUCCUACCAUACGCCCUUUACCGGGUUAGAAACACUCCUUACACUCUGGGUUUUACUCCCUACGAGAUCAUGUUUGGCAGGCCACCCCCUGUUAUUCCCAGCCUUCGAGCUGAACUUAUUGCUGAGUUUAAAGAUCAAGAACUUUUUCUUUCCUUGAGCGGGCUCCAGAGGGCGCACGAGGACAUUUGGCCGCUCCUCCGUGCCAUCUACAAGGCUGGCCCGAUCCCGACACCUCAUCAGUACAGGCCGGGAGACUGGGUCUACGUCAAGAGGCACCACCGAGAGACUCUCGAGCCGCGUUGGAAGGGACCCUACAUCGUGGUGUUGACAACCCCCACCACUCUCAAGCCUCAAAGUUUAAACCAUGCUCCAUCAAUUGGAUACAGGAACAACUUUUUGGAAGUUAACAUAUUAGAAGAGCCUGCACCUCAGAUUGAAGAGGAUUGA